GAUCUAUGGACAUUUUUUGACAAGUCGACCAAACAUUUAUCAGGAAAGUUUUGUUUGUUAAUUUUUUACAUAAUUAUUUAAUAAAAGCAUUCUUUUUCGUAUCAAAAUGAGUCCAGAACCGAGGAAAGUUGAUCGUAAAAUUGCACCUUUAUCUCCUCCUCCUAUCAUUGAUAUAUCUGAUGAUGAACUGGUCUCAAUCUCGGUGAGAGAUCUCAACAGGACCUUAAAAUUGAGAGGUCUCUCAAGAGAAGAAAUUGUUAGAAUGAAACAGCGACGAAGAACAUUGAAAAAUAGAGGAUACGCUGCAUCCUGUCGAAUUAAGAGAAUUGAACAAAAAGAUGAGCUGGAGGUUGAAAAAACACAAGAAUGGAGAGACUCACAGGUAAUGAGAGAUGAGUUACAGAGCAUGAACGAAGAGAUGGCUGGAAUAAGAACUCGUUACGAGGCUUUGAAAAGAUUUGCAGCUAAUAAUAAAAUCCUUCUUCCCCCUGAACUAGAAACUUUAUGAUUGAACUAGAGAGUAACUUGUAUAUAAACUAAGUUUUUAAGGUAAUACAGUGAACUAUUUUCGCUAUAUAAAGCAUUAUUUUACAGAAUUUUAUUUAGUUAAUGUAGCUCAGUACAUUUUUAUAUUUGUGCACGUUGGUGUAAAGUAUUAUACAUUCCUACAAAUUUUCAUAUAUUAAGAAUAAAAUAAGUAUAUUUUAAUUUAG